CACGUGAACACAAAUGGUCACGUGGCUGUGUUGAUCGAUGGCGGCGGCUACGGGCUUUCUAGACGAUGCCGUCAAGGAGUAUCUCUUAUUUCGCGGCUUUACGAACACGCUGAAAGCGUUCGAAGCGGAUUUAAGACUAGACAAAGACAAAGGCCUCAAAAUUGAUAAGAUCGUGCAGCAGUUGUUGUCGUACAUAUCGAGCAAUGACUUACAGAGUACGAAAGAUUUCUGGACGUACUUGAAUCGUCGCUUUUUCACUCGACUCUCGGAGUCGUUCGCGAGCGCCGUCAAGACGCUGGAAAACUGCCUGUACAAGCUCUAUCUCGUGCAGUGUCUUCAGAACAAUCGGCAGGAGAGGGUCGUCGAUUUCUUUGAUCGUAUGGCGGUAGAACUGCAGAGUCAAUCGGAAUGGAAAGAUUGGUUUGCUCUCCCAUACUUGAAGAGUGCCGACCAGCAUCCGUCAUUCGAGAUGUACUUUUCUAAAGCUUGGACCGACACGUUCACAUUAUCGCUAUACAACUUUCUCAGUGUCGUCUUUAACCACAUGCCCCUUCCCACGUUACUUAGCUACGAGGAUGAACGACAGAAAAUCAAGGAGCUGGAGGAUACAAACAGACAGUUAAGAAACGAGAUUCGGGCUUUGACAGCUGCGGCGUCGACUCAUGCGGCUACCCAAAGAGUAAGAGGUCGUAUGAUGCCUUCAUCAAAGCUAGGGCGAGGAGAUCAAGUCGACGGUGAAAGUAAAUCUGGAAAUGGAAAGGACAGAAAGGCGCUCUUAAAGGCUGAUACGGUGGAUUUCAUCGAUGAUUACGUCGUGUUGCCAAAAGGCGAUGUUGCUGUUACCCAGCAAGGUACGCCGAAGCAAUACAGCAUGGCGUCUGUUGCUCAGUCUCCAGCUAAACAAGCGGCUCCUGUAGUAAAACUGCAACAGAUGGAGACUACAACCAACUGGAAGUCUGCUAAGCCGACGAAAGAAGCUUCUUCUAAUACGGGUACCACUGUUGGUACUGCGGUUGGUCUUACGGUCGAUUUGCCAAUUGAGAUGAUGUCGUUGAAACGCACCGCUACGACGACGCCUGUCGUGGCCGAGACUAACGAGGACCAAGCGUUUCUUGUCCUUGGGCAGGAGGUGUAUCAAGAACACAGUGCAGCUAUCAGCCAUUGUUGCUUUUCGACCACAGGCUCGCUUGUGGCUAGUGCCGAUACCGAGGGAUUAGUGAAGGUCUGGUCGUUUGCUCCCAUUCAGACUAGAGCUACUCUUCAGUCUAAGUCUCAGCUUCUGUGUCUUGGUUGGGCAAAUCGAGUGGAUCGCUUGUUGCUGCUUGGGACAAGUACUGGAAAGUUGAGGCUUUAUGACACAGAAGCAAAGAGGACAUACUGUGAUGUGGAGGCCGAUGCGGAAUAUCCUAGAGUUUUGUCUGUCAGUUCUAGUCCGAAUGGCCAGCUGCUUGUGUACAGCUGUGCUGCAGACAUAUCACGUGAUAUAAUCUCUUUGCCGACUGCAAAGUGUUAUGGUGAUCCUUUGCCAGAAAUGCAUAGUCCACGACGAAAGCGGCGACCCGAGUGUACUGGUGCUCUAGUUUGUUGGGAUGUCAAGGCUAUGAAAACUGAGCAAAAUCUCCCUCUGGAUCCUGCACCCACUGCUAUAAACUGUUCUGCAUUCAAUCACAACGGAAAUCUAUUGGUCACAGGAGCAGCUGAUGGCAUGAUUCGUCUGUUUGAUAUGACACAGUGUGAUGUUCUGAUGGGAUGGCAAGCUCACAUUGGUGAAGUUUUCUCUGUCCAAUUCAGCUCUGACGAAACAACAGUCUACAGCAUAGGUGAAGACGGAAAGUUCACACAAUGGAGUCUCCAUCAUAUUGGACAAAGAAUCGCAGACCUCCAAAUACCACUAGAGGCAUGCAACCCUCUUUUUGGUACAGCUACGGAUGCUAAUUCAAGGAUGUCCGAGUUGGCCGCUGUUCCAAGAGGUAACCUUUUCGCAUUUGACGCCGAUGGCCAAUACGUCCUGACGUGUGGCAGCACUCAUGGCCUUGUGUACAAGCUCGAGAAUGGGAUGUUGAGCACAACUAUGACAUUAGGAGGUCACCAGGCUGCUGUGGUGUCAGUCGACUGGUCGACUGCUAUGCACUGUGGGACAUGUCUGACGGGAUCGUUAGAUGGUACUGUGCGAGUAACAACCAUACUCAAACAGUAAUCAGAUGAAACCAGAAAUGGUGCUAAAUGGUUUCACAAUGACAACCAUUCAGAGAGUAGCAGCUUUCUAUUGAUUGUGAAUACUAGGAGAUCAAUAUACAUGUAUAGUCAGUCAAGGUUUUCUACCCACAAAUAAUAUAUUAUCUUUAUUUGCAUUUCUUGUUCUAAUAUUGUAAACAAUCAUUCCUAUUUGCAGUUCAUUCACGUGGGCCAGUGGGGACGUGCCCACCUGCAUGAGUAAAGGGCACAAAC